UAGAAAAACCAAGACCUAUGGCGGCAUCCUCUUCAUCAGCUUCGGCUUACAAUGGAAUGAGAGAAGAACCGGAGAUGAAAGAACAACAACUGCAGCCGAAGAAGAGAAGAAAUCAACCAGGAACACCAAAUCCAGAUUCAGAGGUGAUAGCUUUAUCUCCCAGGACUCUUAUGGCCACAAACAGAUUCAUAUGCGAGGUUUGCAGUAAAGGAUUUCAGAGGGAACAAAAUCUGCAACUACAUAGAAGGGGGCACAAUCUUCCAUGGAAGCUAAAACAGAAGAAUCCCAAAGAGGUGAGAAGGAAAGUGUACCUUUGCCCUGAGACAUCCUGUGUUCAUCAUGAUCCUUCUCGAGCUCUUGGAGAUUUAACUGGAAUCAAGAAACAUUACUUUAGAAAACAUGGUGAGAAGAAGUAUAAAUGUGAAAAGUGUUCAAAGAAGUAUGCUGUUCAAUCUGAUUGGAAAGCCCAUUCUAAAACUUGCGGAACUAGAGAAUAUAGAUGUGAUUGCGGCACUCUCUUCUCAAGGAGAGACAGCUUCAUUACCCACCGGGCAUUUUGCGAUGCUCUGGCUCAAGAGACUGCAAGACAUCCUUCAAACUUAGCCUCAAUUAGCAGCCAUUUGUAUGCUGGUAGCAACAAUAUGAGCUUAGGCCUAUCCACAGUUGGUUCCCACCAGCAGCUUCCUUCCAUUAAUCAAGAUCAUCAGCUUCUAGCACAAUCGUCCGACAUCCUUCGCCUAGGUAAUAACCGUUUGACACCAUUUGAAAGUCUUGUUGGUGGCUCAUCCUUCCGCACACCUAUGAUGCCACCUCCACCAUCACCUUUCUACCUACACGAGUCUUCCAAUGGUAAUUUGACUGAAAACAAGCUUUCUUUGAUGCAUGGACUGAUGAACAACAACAACAACAACAUGAACAACAACAUCCCUACUGAUCAUGAAACAAGCCCCCUUGGCUUCUUCUCCAACAACAACUUUCUCGUUAAUCCAAAUGAAGGGACGGGCAUGUUCUCUACUAGCUUAUUGGGAAGCCAAAUGACUUCAAACGCUCCAUCCCUCUUUUGUCAGUCUAAUGACAUCAACAAUAACAACAACAACAACAAUAUCAGUGCCUCUCACAUGUCAGCCACUGCACUGCUUCAGAAGGCUGCUCAGAUGGGAUCCAGCACAAGCAACGCUAGUGCGACACUGCUUAGAGGGUUUGCUAGCUCCACCUCAUCCUCAUCUUCGACCGGUCCAAAGACAGACAGGCCUCUACCAAUUAUGUCCCAAAACCUAGGAAGUAUGUUUGGAAACAAUGUUGCUGUUGAUAACAACAACAAUAAUCUGAAUGACUUGAUGAACUAUUCUCUACCCGGGGAAAACGGAGGGAUGGUAUUCGGGGCUAUGAAUGGUUACGGAAAAGAAGGAACGUUCUUGAACAUGAACCAAAAUCACUUGAAGAAGGAAUCUGAUAGCUUCACAAGAGAUUUUCUUGGAGUAGGGCAAAUGGAGAGCAUGUUUUCAUCUAUUAGAGAGAAUGGGGUUGAUUUGGUAAGCUCUUUAGAAUCAUCAGAUCAAGGAAAAGCUGUUGCUCGAGACGGGAAUUUUCAAUGAAAAACAAAAAAAAAAAUAUGGGGAGAAAAAUAAAGAAAAAGAAAUGAUACAAAUGCUCUACAGGUGUUGGAAAAAGAAAGUACAGGAGGAAGAAGAAGUUUUGCAAAUCUCUCCGGCAACUUCUCCGACGACAUGCUUACAAUAAUUAGUUAAAUCAUCUCAAACGACAGAUAUUUUAUACAUGCAUGCAGCUACAGCUCUCUCUCUCAUGAAUUCUUUUUUCUUCUUGACAAUUAAAAGUACUGUGUUUGUGA